AUGGUGGGGGUUGGAUUGGGGGUGGGUUUCGGUGGUUGUGGUUUUGGUGGUUAUAAGAGUUGGAUUGGGUGGUGGUUUUGGGUGGCCAGUGAGGUUGAGUGGAAAUUAAGCUUUCUUGUGUUUCUAUUGUGUGUUUUGAUUUCCCUCAAGAAACAAAAUGCUGAAACCAAGAAGGGUUCGCGAGCUGUGAGUUGGUCUCUGUAUGAUGCGCCUUCGAUUUUUGCUGAUCCAUCACCAUCUUGGCCGAUGUUCUUGUCGACCAAGUUGGAGAAGAAGGUCGAAGAAGCUGAUAAUCUCGGAUCUCUCAGAUACGAUUACCACAAUGAAUCGUGCCCACAAACUGAGCAAAUCAUCAGAACAACGGUUCAAGAACUGUACAAAUUGCGGUCCAAUGUUUCUGCCGCACUAUUGCGGCUGGUUUUCCAUGAUUGUUUCCUAGAGGGGUGUGAUGCCUCAGUUUUACCGGAUGCCGUUAAUGGAAUAGACAAUGAGACUAUUGCAUCAUUUGCAUCAAGGGGGUUCUCGGAAGAGAGACAGUUGCUCUCUUUGGUGCCCACAGCACUGGAAUGA